UUGUGUUUUUCCACAGGUGGCGUUGAACCCUCAGAUUAUUACAAUCGCGCUCUCAAUCUAGUGAAGGAUUUACUUGACGGUGGAGAAGAUAUAGCGACAUAUGAAGACCGUCUACGGGAUAUGUUUGGCAUCUUCGCAUACCCUUGGUUCACUCUGGACCGACUUGUGAUCAAUAUUGUACGUCAGCUUCAAGCUCUGGCUAGUGGUGACGAACUGAGUCGCCGGUUGACCAAUUUAUAUCGAUCAUGGACAUGCGGAGCAAAUUAUUCCGCAUCCGGUACCGUCCCCAUGACGCAUCGAUUCAAUCAUGCGGGAAUGUCAGGUGCUUCUAGCAGCGGUUCCUUUAUUACCUUACCGCAACACAGUUGCGACUCAACUGAUGUUCAGCCCCAAACCUGUAUGUUACAUCACAUGAAUCAUUGGCCUGCGUGUAUGACCCAACAAGCGGCCUCCUCGGAUACUAAUGGGAAUACCAGUUUGUGUCAUCAGACUCCAGCCAGACAUUGGUCUGAUUAUUUGUACGCCCACUUGCUAUGGACCUCUGGCUACAUGCCACACAACGUAGCCCGCCAUAUUCGUCCCGUAUUUCUGUAUCGCACAGUACGUCGUUGUAUGAAUGCUUUGACGCGUGCGGCAUAUCGACGACGACAACAAGAACUAGUUGAUACGGGAGACACACAGCCCGAAGAGCUCCUGAUGAAGACGAGUCAAGUAAUCGCAGCGUCGGCUAUUCACUCAGCUGAUGAAGCAUCCGACGCGGACGAGAGACAAGAAACCGGUUCCGUUUGCUGCUCUAAAAAUGGAAAUGACGCGACAAACUUCCAGCAAGACGUUUGGGAGUUUAUGUGUCAUGUCUUCAAAAGUGAUCUUACCCGGAGAGAGCUGUUCCGUGACACAUAUUCCAGCGAUUGUAUGCAAUCAACUGAUCGUUUGACAUCAAAAAACAAUCCGCGAGCACAUAAAAUCAACUGGUCCGUCGGUUCCUACGGAAUAUUUGUUCGCAGAAAGCCUAAGCCCACUGCACAAAAAUACCCGUCCGCUCAACGCUGGCAUGAGUUUCAUGCCAAAUGGCUUGCAAUUCACGCUUCACAAAACCCCAAUGUCCCGUUAGAUGACCAGGCUUCUGGAGCUCCUUCACUGGCGGAUAAUAGUAAUGUUAAACCGCAUGCUAAUACCGCCAGAGAUGAACCCUGCACCCGCGUUCCGAGUGAAUCAUCACCGUCACACUUGAAUAGUAGUGCAUUGGAGCUCGCUGAUGUCUCCUCAGAGCUCGCUGCACCGGACACUUCCGAUCCCAAUCUGGCACAACCUGUAUCGAACGAAGCGGCACCAAUCACUUCGAACGGAUCGGUUCCCAAGUCAGCAGAUGAUACAACAGAUUGA